GCCGAUGUGUCGCUGAGCCUAGCUACAAGCUUUGAUCCUAUAUUACAGCGACAGCAGGUGUUUAGAGCUGUUGCUAGGACGACCAGGUAAACGCCAUGGCUGAGCAGGGCCAGGGAGGCGGCCCCGCGUCUCAACCCUCGCCUGCAGGGAAAGGUGGGAAGUCACAGCUUGACAACUUACCCAAGGAAGAGCUCAUCAAGUAUGUGAAGAAGCAGUUGAUGAUCUUGCACAAGACAAAGGCAAAAUGUGAAGAACUUAACACUGAACUCGUCAAACUAAAGAAAGAGAAGGAGGACUCUUCAGGCGCGAGUAAAGACUCCAACACGGAAGACCAGGCGAUUUUGUCCGAGAUGCAGACAGAAAAAGAACAGCUGCAAGCAGAGAGAGAUGAACUCAAGGCUGCAAACGCUCGGCUUCAGAGGGAGACAAAACAGCUGCAAGUUGACAGAGAUCAGCUACAGACAGACAAAGAUGGCCUGCAGUCACAGAAAGAUGAGCUGCAGUCAAGGAAGUCAGAGCUGCAGCAACAGCUGGAGAAGAGUCAACAGUCCCUGCAGAAUGUGCAGACACAGUGCAACAAGAUGAGGGAAGAGCGAGAAAUGAUGAUGGGAGAGAUGAACAACGCCUUGAUGAAAGUAGAGGAGCUCCAACGGGAGAAGUCGCAGUGGAAGGACCAGGUAGACAGCCAAGCCGAGGACUUUGCCGAGGUGAAGAAGGCAAAGCAGAACUUGCAGCAACAGCUGUUGGCAGCAACGACUGAGAACAGCAAACUGAAGGAUUCGCUGACAAGCGCACAGCAAGAGUUAGCUGUCAUGAAGGAAAGGCUGGACAGCAUGAUCACUGAGAAACAGGAACAGCAAGAAGACCUCCAGGGAAAGCUACAAGAGGCAACGACAGCAAUGGAACAACUUAGAACACAGGUAGAGACAGCCGAAACAGCAAAGAGUGACCUUGAGACACAGCUGGAGGCCAGCAAAUCACAGAUUAGCACAUUGGAAGAGCAGCAGAAAGAGCUGAGGGAUGGUUAUGAAAAGAUGGACAGCGAGAAGUCUGAGGGACAAGAGGAGGUUGCAACACUUAGGGAAGAGAGAACAGCACUGCAGCAGAAGGUAGAGGAACUAGAGAUGGUGCAGAAAGAAUUGACAGCAAAACUGGAAGCUGCAGAUGCCUCAAUUGCAAAAGUAAAAGAAGAGCUAGAGUCAACACACAGCAACACUGUAGAUCAGAUCCAAAAAGAGCAUGAGCAACAGCAAGAACACCUAAAACAGGAAAUAGAGAAGAUCACAGCUGAAAAAGCAAAUGUUGAAGAAGAGAGGGACCAGGCGUUGUCUGAGAAAGAGCAACUACAGAUGCAAUAUCAAAAUAUUAUGUCAGAGAAAGAGCAAUUAGAGAACCAUGGGGAGCAGGCUUCAUCUCUGACGAGUCAAUUAGAGUCGGAGAACGAACAGCUACAAGUUGAAAAACAACAGCUGCAAGUAGAAAAGGAACAGCUACAGACAGAAACAGAACAGCUGAAAGCAGAGAAAGAUCAACUACAAACAGCAAAGGAGCAGGUGGAAAUGGAAAAUGGUCAGCUGCAAACAGAAAUGGAAAAGCUGCAAACAGAAAAUCAACAGCUGCAAAUGGAGAAACAUCAACUUCAAACAGAGAAAGAACAGACACAGACAGACAGUGAGCAGCUGAAGACAAGGAUGAAACAGCUGGAAAAUGAGAAAGAACAACUUCACACUGAUAAAGAACAGCUAUGCGCUGAAAGGAACCAAGCUGUCGCUGAGAAAGAGGAGAUGCAGAAUAAGAUAGAUGAGGUGCUAGUCGAGAACAGUGAGUUGAGGAAAGACAGGGACCAGGCUGAAGUAGACAGACAGAAGCUGCAAACAGAGAGGGAUCAGGCUGUAUCAGAGAAGGAGAGUCUGGAUACAGAGAAAGCAGAAGGUGACCAAGAGCAGAGUGACGAAAGAAACCAGGAAAAGGCUGACAUGGACCAACUUAGGGUAGAAAGAGAUCAACUUCUGGCAGAUGUUGAACAGCUGAAGAAGGAGUUAGACCGAGCUGCAGCAGAUAAAGAACAGCUACAAAGCGAGUGCAACCAGAUAUCAGCUGUAAAGGAACAGCUGGAAAAGGACAAAGACCAAGCUGUAGCUGAAAAGACACAGCUAGAAAGUGAGAGGGAUCAAGCUGUUCAUGAUAAGGAAGAGCUACAGAAGGAAAGAGAUGAAGGUGAAACUAGCAGGAGAAACCUGCAGUGUGAGGUAGAACAGAUAACUGCUGCUAAAGAGCUGGUGCAACAUGAGAGAGACCAAGCUAAAGCUGCAUCUGAGCAGCUCCAAACUGAAAGGGAUCAAGCUGUGACUGAGAAGGAAGAGCUUCAGAAGGAAAUGGACCAGUCAUUGGCAAAGAAUGAACAGCUUCAAGCUGAAAAAGACCAGAUCCUAACAGCUAAGGAACAUCUACAACAGGAACUGGACCAGGCUGUAGAAAAGAACGAGCAGCUCCAAGCUGAGAAAGACCAGAUUUUGACAGCUAAGGAACAGCUACAGCAUGAAUUGGAGAAGGCUGUAGCUUCAAAAGAACAGCUCAUUGAGAUGCAAAGGUCCUUAAACGAGCAGGAUGAGAGUGAGAAAGACCAGACCAUUAAACUACUGCAGAAAGAGAAGAAUGAAAUACUUUGUACGUUAGAACAGAUCAAGAAUGAGAAAGAUCAGAUUACACACACCAAGGAACAGUUGCAGGCUGAAAGAGAUCAAGCCGUAACUGACAAAGACAACACAGAAAAAGAAAGAGACCAAGUCAUAGCUGUCAAAGAAGAGGUAGAAAAGGAAAGAGAUCAACUGAUAGCUGUCAAAGAAGAGCUAGAGGGAAAACAUGAACAAAUGCUAGGCGAAAUGAAAGUGCUUCAGGCUGAGAAAGACAAGGUCAUAGCUAACAUAGAACAGCUGCAAAUUGAGAGAGAUCAGGCUAUAGCUGACAAAGAGGAAAUGCAAAGUGAAAAAGAGCAAUUGAUAAAUGACAAAGAAAAGAUACAAGCUGAAAAGGAGGAAGCUUUAGCUGAAGUAGAACGGAUACAAAGGGAAAGAGACCAGGCUAUAGCAGAGAAGGAGAAAUUCCAAAAUGAAAGAGAAGAAGCUAAGAAUGUGGAAGUUGUCUCGAACAGUAAAGAAGAACAACAGACACAGAUGACAGCCAGUUUGCAGAGUGAUCUUCAAAAAGUCAAGUCAGAUCUUAAACAGAAGGAGGAAAUUGCACAUAAACUAAAAGCCAUGGCUGUCAAACUCAAGCGAGAACUUGAAGAGUCAAGAAAGGAAAACUCCAGGCUUAGCAAGGAGCUCCAGUCAGUGAAAGACAUCCAGAAGGAGCAAGAAGGAAAGCUAGCAGCAAAUUCAGGCGCUGAUUCCCAGCUGCAGCAGCUCCAGGGAGAGUAUGAAAAACUUGAGCUGACUUAUGAAGAGACUGCAGCUAACUUGGAAAAAGUUGAGAAGGAAUUAGAGGAAAGAAUAAAGCAGCACGAGGACCUACAGCAGGAGUAUGCACAGCUGAAGACACAGAUUGUAGAUUUGCAAGCCACGAACGACUCAAUGUCGGAUCUCAACCAGCAUCUCGAAGGUAGGGUGCAUGAUCUACAAAAGCAACUUGCACAAGCUGAAGAAGAUAGAGAUGCACAGAUGAUUAUGAAGGAAGAGAAAACCAAAGAGUGCGAGCAAAGUGUUGAGAAGAUCGGUCAGUUGGAGAAACAGCUGACUGAUGAGCACAAGCAGCACCAGGCCACGACACAGCGCCUGGAGAGAGCACUACAGGAAGCCCAGCAGAGCAACGUCAUGAAUCUGGAAAUCGCAGACUACGAGCGUACAGUGAGCGAGCUUAACCAACAGGUGGCUAUACAUGAGAGCAAGAUUUCUGCGCUUAACUCCGAGAUCGAAGGGAAAGAAGAAAGGAUACAUCAACUGAUGAGGCAGGUCACGACAACAGAAGAGUCCCUCACGCAGGAACAGGAGAGGGCCAGCAAACUUAAAGCUCUACUCAUCAAGGCAAAGAGGGACGUAGAGGAGGGGAAGAAGCUACAGACUGAGAAAGGGAAGGUGGAAGCUGCGCUACGUGGACAGCUGGAGUUCUCUCAGCAGGAGAUUGAAGGACACAAGGUACAGCUGGCUCAGGUCAUGGCAGAGACACAGCAGCUACAGCAGAAGGUGCUGUCCUCUGCCGAGGUACAGCGCAGGACAGCAGAGAAGCUGGAGGGGAGGGUCAGCAGCCUGGAACAGGAGAGGGACGCUGCGGAGACACAGCUAGCAGAGGUCAGGGCGGAGUACGACAGCUACAAGGUCAGGGUGCACAGCGUGCUGAAACAGAAGACCAAGACAGCCGUGCCUCAGAUGGCCGCCGACAUGGACAAGCAGGAGAAACUCCAGCUGGAGCGACAAACACAACAACUACAACAUAAGGUGAAGGAACUGUCCGAGCAGCUGCAGGCGGCUGCGGAGGAUCAGCAGGAGCUGCAGGUGCAGUACGACCACCUGCAGAAGCAGCACACGCAACUGAGCCAGCAGCUCAGGGACAAGGACAGGGUCUGGCAGGCCAGGAUCAACAAACUACAGACGGAGGUGGAGAACAGGCGCGAGGAACAGUCCCAGACUGUGAGACAGCUGGAACAGCAGAACGAGUCGGUGACCUUGUCCUUCAAGGAGAGGAUCAACAUGAUGGAGGAACAGCACAAGCGGGAGGUCGGCGGCCUCCAGGAGAAGCUGCAGACAGCGGAGACCGAGCUGGCACAGCUGAGGGCAGCCGACAGACACGUCAGCCCCCCUCCCACUCCCAGCCACGCCAUCAUGACCACACCGACUCCGGAACAGGUUGUUGUUGUUUUUUUUUUUUUCUAUGAUGUGCUAAUGUAAACAAUAGCCUGGGUU